AUGGUCGCAGAGGACAUCAAGACGGAGGCCAGCAGGGUGCACGGCUUCGACAGCCACCGCUCGGCCGUGGUCCCAUGGCUGGGGCGGACGGGCAUCGCAAACCACGUGCGGGGCCUGCAGAAGGACGAGAUGCAUGCCUCCUACACACUGCCAAAGAGCGCAGAUGAGGGAGAGCCCGAGCUGUUGCUGAUGCUCGAGGUCAUGGACAAGAUCCUUGCCGAGGCACACGGCUGGUGCUUUGACGGGCCGGACUGCAUGCUGACAUGGCCAAGGCAGCUCGCACUGAGCCGCUUCCGCGAAGCGCCUGCAUCAUCAUCAUCGGCGUCAGCCAGCUACAGGGCAGGCAGGGCACGUGGCUUCGACCCCAAGAAGGAGCCCUCCACACUGCGCACGAACUUUGGGUACUGGAAGCAGUUCAUGACGUACUGCUACCGCGUGGCAUACUGCGGCAGCCACUUCACGCCACCUACGCCUGCUGCAACGGGAGACGGGAGUGCGGACCAGGGCAGGUGCCCCGAGGACUGGAUCCGGCUGACGGACGAGCAGACAGCGGCUUGGGAGGCAGCCCUGCAGUGCACCGCUGACGGAGACCGCCCAGCCCUGAACGACGCCCUCCGGUCCCUCUGCAUGGCCCUCGUCUGCCACGAGUUCGGCGGCGACCGCUUCAGCUCGCCUCUCCUCAGCUUCUGCGCGAUGCUCAGCGUCAAGCCGCGCACCAACUCGUGGAAGGAGCCGGGCAACUUCAACAGCUGCCUGUCUGGCCUGAUCUGGGCCGUGCAGCUGCUCGUCUUCAGCACGGCCGCAUACCUCGAGAGGUCGGGCGCCGGCAGCACGCUCGAGCACAUCAACAGCAUCUGCGAGCAGUACCUGUGGCCAGACACGGAGACGCCCAUGGGCGAGAUACUGGGCUGGCGCCUGCUGCUGUUCGCAGUGUCGAAGGAGGGCGUGGGCUCGCACCAGGCACAUUGGGACGAGGACGAGCAGAUCCUCACCUACAGGGACGUCGACCUGAACAUGGACGAGGUGCAGCAGCUGCUGCUGUCAGAGUUCAGGCAGGCGCAGCAGCUGCUGCACGAUGAGCUCAUGUUUGGCGCAACAGGCCUGCCACGGAUGCACGCUUGGGCGCUUAAGGACAACCUCGAUGCCGACAACUUCGGCUGGUACUUUGGCGAGCACCGGGAGAACGUGGCACUGCUGAAGCCGUUCGCGGGCUCACUGCGCAACGUUAUACAGGAGUCGCAGUCACUCCGAGCAUCACUCCUCGACACCACUGAUGAGGAUGGAGCGGCUGAUGCGAGAGUCGUGUGGCGACAGAAGGCCAUCGACCAGUACGAGGCCGUCGCUGACGAGUUCCUCAAGCGGCUCCUCGUCCUCAUCCACAUGGCCUCGGGCCAGCCGCUGCGCGAGAGCGAGCUGUUGUCCCUCACCUGGCACAACACGCAGCGGAGGCGCAGCGUCUACCUCAAGCAUGGGCUCGUGAUGCUGCACACGACCUACCACAAGGGCCAGCAGCAGACGGGCAAGUUCAAGGACAACAUCCGCUUCCUGCCGGCCACCAUCGGAGACCUCCUGCUGAACUACCUGGUCUAUGUCGUGCCGCUCCGCCAGGCCUUCCUGCGCCAGUCCUCCCCACGCGCAAUCAUGUCCGCGUACCUAACCUUAUGUCUCUGCCGUUGGACGCCCAAAGGCAUCCAUUUUAGGUUAGAUGUGGCCCGUGCACUUGUCUUGACACUAGUUGCCGAUGGGCGCACAACGGCAUUCUCUAGGGUUACGUUUUAUAUGGAUUACUAUAGCUAUUACCAUCAAUUCCAUCAUGGCAGAACGUCAGAGCAUCAAUUCCAUUCAAGUUCCAGUGACUUUGAGCCAUCUGAUCCAACUAAACGUUGA